AUGCCGGGCCUCUUCGAUUCGCGGCCUCGCGGCCUCAUGGCGGGCAACAACAUCUUCUUCGCCACCUUUGUCGUGCUGGCGUCGUGGAACGACACGCACACCUUCAACCCACACUGGACUCGCCACGCCAAGUUCCACAGCGGACAAACCUUGUCGUUUGGAGUCCUGUCGGCGCUGACGUCGACGUAUCUGCUGCACCGACGCAACCCAACCGCCGCGGCGGGCAAGGACUCGCUCUUCAUGGCCGCCGUCGUCGGCUCUCUGACGGCCGUCUCGGGCCUCUCGGCCAUCUUCUACCCCGACAGCGCGUGGAUGGAUCCCGAAUGGGACAACGGCUGGCCGAUUGGGCCGAACGGCGUCCUGUUCCUCGCCAACCUGGUCGCCACCUGGAUGGGAUACUCGUAUGAGAAGGCGAGGCUCGACAAGCUCGACAAGAAGGAUUAA